AUGGAAACUCCCACCAUGUUAGCUGACAUGGUGAUGUAUCAAAAAUUUAAAAAACUUCCAAUUCACAUCGAAGAAGGCCGUUGUGGAGGAACACCUGGAUCAGAAAAGCUAUUUAAAGAUGUAGUCGAGAUUCUAGAUGUGGGGAGAUUAUGUGAUGGAUACGGUGCCACUGAGGCGUUGGCGUUUAAUGGUAGCUUAGAAAUGAAGAGAUUGAUUUUAUCUCCAGGUGCGUUGGCAUCUUAUGGACCAUUUAGAAGCUAA